CGCGCUCUGCUUGUUGGUUACAUUGUAUCAAUCUCUACUGAAGGAGAUAGCUGCGAGCAACCAACAAGACUGUGCACGGAAGGACACAUCGAAGGCUGAGGAAUGAUCCUGGGUUGGAAUCGGUCGUUCUAUGUUGGAUUAAUUAUGCAAUGAAGCAAGAAAAAAAUCUUUAUAGCAUGUUAAAUUUAACUUAAAGAUGUCCACUUGAGCUGGUAUGUUCUAUUUGGAACGGGGAAGUAUGACGGCAGGAGUCCAGUGAAUUGCUGGCCUCUCCUUCCCUUGCCGUUUCGUUGGAUUUCUUGUGGAGUGCAUUGGUCCUUGGGCAUUAAGGCUGAUUUUGACAGAAUUUGACCAGAUUUUCGUGAAUAACUUCCAGUCAUCUUUAUCUAUGGAGUGUACAUAACGAGACGACGCAUCGGAAUUAGUAAGAGGGGGCAAAAAUGUGGGUAAAUGGGAAAGGAAUACCUAAACCGUAAGGAUUCUCUAACCCCUGCCCUAGUGCCCCAACCGUCUGAGAAGGUGUCAGACCUCAUUGAGGCAAACCUGGGCCGUUGGCACUAAAAUGUCCCUAAGUGGUGGCACUGCAGGCGGGAAAGGUGUGGACUCAAAUGCGGUGGACACUUACGACAGCGGUGAUGAGUGGGACAUCGGUGUAGGAAAUCUAAUUAUUGACCUCGACGCCGACUUAGAAAAAGACAAACUCGAGAUGUCUGGCACCAAGGACGGAGGGUCCAUGGCAGCACCACCAAGUGCUGUGGCAGCGUUGCCUGACAAUAUCAGGUUUGUUAGUCCUGUUUCUGGCCCUCAGGGCAAAGAAAGCAAAUCCAAAUCUAAACGCAGCAAGAACUCUAAAGACAAUGGUAACAAGGCCUCAGCUGGAGAUGGGGCCAAGAAAGAAAUUUUGGGACGAACCCAAGCAGAGCCAACGGGCACAGUGAGUAGUGCAGGGGCCCCUGCCAACAAUUCCACCACUGGCAAAAGCACAGAAAAGGGUGGCAAAGCCUCCCGAGGAGUGCUUAGUGGUAAAAAAGACAAGGAGGGGGCAGGUGGGAAAAGUAAGAAAGAGAAAAGUGAGGGAGGCCCAGUAGUGGCAGUAACUGCUGCUGAAAAGGAGGUUGUUUCUCAAUCCCAAGCUACUAUGGGGGGUAAUCGCAGUGCCCCCUUUGAGAACACACAAUCAACAGAAUUGGCUGGAGCCGAUCAAAUGGGGAAUAAUGCACUUGAAUCUGUUGGGAUAGUCCCAGCGUUGACCAUUAAAACUGAACCAGAGGAACUGGAGAAUAGUAAUAAUGAAUGCAGAACACUGAAGAAGGUGAAAAAUGAAAAGAUGGACUCUCCAGUGUCCACGCCAGCCCCUCCACCUCUCCACUUCAUGACAGCCGUGGGCAACACCGAGAUUGCCUCGCCAUGCGAACAAAUCAUGGUUCGUACACGCUCCGUGGCUGUGAACACCACGGAUGUGGCGUUGGCGACGGAGCCCGAGUGCUUGGGGCCCUGCGAGCCAGGCACAAGCGUUAAUCUGGAGGGCAUAGUGUGGCAGGAAACGGAAGACGGCAUGCUGGUGGUUAACGUCACCUGGCGAAACAAGACGUAUGUUGGCACCCUUUUAGACUGCACACGGCAUGACUGGGCUCCACCAAGGUUCUGUGAAUCCCCCACCAGUGACUUGGAAAUGAGGAAUGGGCGAGGACGAGGCAAGCGGAUAAGGCCUAACAGCAACACACCCAUAAAUGAGAACAGCAAUUCAUCGGACAACAAGGGCAACAACAGCAAUAAGACCCGGGCCGCGUCCAACAGUAAGGGCAGACGGGGCAGUCAACCCUCGUCGGAACGCCGCACGCCACCCAACAGCAACACAGAGGACAUCAAGGCCAGCCCCUCCUCAGCCAGCAAGCGCAAGACCAAACCCACCUCUGACAUGGAACCUAAUUCCAGUUCAGAGGACACCAAAGGCAACAAGCGCAUGCGCACAAACUCCAAUAGUGGAGGCGCCAUACUGCCCUCUGUCCCCAUCCCUUCGAUUAAGACUGAACCCCUCCCACCACCCCUAGACCGUAAUUGCCCUUCGCCAGCCCUUAUUGACUGCCCACACCCCAACUGCAACAAAAAGUACAAGCACAUCAAUGGUCUCAAAUACCACCAAGCUCGUGCCCACAAUGAUGAUGACAUUAAGCUGGACCUGGAUGGGGAUAGUGAGUACGGGGAGGAUUCCACUCUCCAUCCUGAUCCAGGAAACUGCAAUGGAGCCUCUAUAAGCCAGAAAGGCUGCCUCUCUCCGGCACGGUCGGUCACUCCCAAAGGUAGAGGCUUUGACGCACAGAGUCAGUCCCCAUCCCCUGGCAAGUUUGGCUCACGAUCAGCCAGUAAAAAGAAGAGCGGUGAAGCAGACCCAGAAGCUGGUGGAACACCAAUGGAAGGUUGUGAUGACGGGCCUUGUCUGACUGAUGAAGCUAGCAAUGAUGGAAUGGAGGAAAAGCGAGGCUCAAAAAAGUCCAGCAGUGGCGUGAAGUCUGACAAACUUGCACAGAAGACUAUGAAGACAUCCAGGCCCCCACCCCCACCACAAGGCACUGUAGCGUCCCAGCAGCUAUACUCCCUCCAGGCCUCGCCCUUCUCUGCAGGAAACCCCAAUGCUUCUCCAGGGGUGUCUCCAAUGAUGCAGGGGGUUCCCAAAAGCCCACAAAUGAAAAGUGCUCAGCCUAAACCCCCCAAUAUGGGAGAUCCUUCCCUGAACCCUGCAUCUAAUGGCUCCAAGGACAAGAAAAAGAAGGACAAAAAGAAAAAAGAUGUUGGGAAGGAAGCAGAUAGCCCCAAACCUCCAGGGAAAGGUGGAAAACCUGAAGAUGGAAAAAGCCCAUAUUCUGAAUCCUCAGAUCCAGGAAGCAAAAGUGAAGGACUCCUUAAUGGCUCCUCCGACCCCCACCAGAGUCGAUUAGCCAGCAUCAAGGCUGAAGCUGAUAAAAUCUACAGCUUCACUGAUAAUUCCCCAAGUCCAUCCAUUGGCGUGGCCAGUCGAAUUGAUAGCACAGGGAUGCCACAGCCCUUAACACCACUCCAUGUUGUAACCCAAAAUGGUGCUGACAACUCCUCAGUAAAGACCAACAGCCCAGCAUACUCUGAUAUAUCAGAUGCUGGAGAGGACGGGGAGGGGAAAGUAGAAGGUGUCAAAGUCAAAACUGAAGACCAAGCCAUCAGGGAAAGCGCCAAGAAAACCCUAUUCCCCAACCAGACUUCCAAUAAGGAUUCUCCUUACUAUGCUAACUACGAGACAUACUACUCGCCAAACUACACCAACGCCAGUCCGGGUGGGCCCAACACAGGAACACCAAUGGCAGAAAGUCAGGUCAAAGUCAAAAGGGAGGAAGAUCAGGACCAGGGGGAAGAGAAGAUAAAAGUUGAACCACAUGAAGAUCGCAAAGCUGACAUCAUUGCUUCUAGUCAGCCACAACAUCAACCCUCAGUAAUCCAGCAGCGAUCCAACAUGUACAUGCAACCACUGUACUACAACCAGUACGCUUACGUUCCCCCAUAUGCAUACCAUCCAGACCAGGCCUAUCACAACCACUUACUGAACACUAACCCAGCCUACCGACAACAGUACGAGGAGCGGCAGCGACAGGUGGCCGAGCAACACAGAGCAGCAGAAAAGAAAUCAGAUGCCAUCAUGAAAGAGCGAGAGGUGUCCAUGAAAGAAGAGUGGAAACAGAAGGCAUCCAUGCCUCCUACCCUCUCCAAAGCCCCAAGUCAGUCAGAUUUGGGCAAGGGACCUCAACCUCCAGGCAAGACUAGGGAUUCCCCUUUAGAACCUUCCAAGUCCACUGGAGGCAUUAAGGGAGAAGACUCAAAGUCCCAGCAGUCCGAAGGGCUAAAGAUAAAGCUGAAUGAAGGGGGACACCAGGGGAAAGAGGACUCCAAGCCAGGUUUAGAUUACAGAGGGCAGACGGGAGUAGAGCAGUCAAUAUGGCACAGACAGUACGCUGAGAACCAGAAGCCCCAACAAGAAGAUGACCAGCAGCAGCAUCAACAACAACAACAACAGCCUCGAUGGAAAGACGAGAGGGACAGAGAACGUGAGCGAGACAGGAAAGGAAAGGACGAUAGGCCCAGACCCAGCGGUGGUCCCAAAGAAGAGGGCAAAGAGGGCUCAGACCCUCGUGCAAUGUCUGAAGAACACCGGGGCAUGAGUAAAGACCCACGUGGCAAUGCCCACAUGCAGUUCUCAUCCCCCCUGGCACAGCACCAGGGGUACAUGCCCUACAUGCACGGUUAUCCCUAUGGCCAGGGCUAUGACCCCAGCCAUCCUGGGUACAGAGGAAUGCCCUCAGUAAUGAUGCAGAACUAUCCAGGGUCAUACCUGCCUGCAGGCUACCCAUUCUCUCCUUAUGCCGGCAAGAUGGCCGCAGGCGAGGAGGGCGGUGACAAAUCCCGUGCAAGCCCUACCGUGAGCAAAGCAGCCUCAGACUCCAAAGCCCUGGAUAUCCUACACCAGCAUGCCAGUCAGUACAAAAGCAAAUCCCCCACGGUGGGUGACAAGUCUUCCCACGAGAGGGAGAGAGAACGAGAGAGAGGAGGUGGAGGGGACCGUGACAGGGAGAGAGAAAGGGAGAGGGACGUGGACAGACCUCGCUCCUCACCCUCCCAGCGCAUCAUGCCCUCUCAUCACCACCUCGGCUACCCACUGCUCACGGGGCAGUAUGAUCUGUCCUACGGCACAGGUCUCUCAUCAUCCGCUAUUGUUGCCAGUCAGCAAGCUGCAGCCCCCUCCCUCUACCCACCGGCACGGAGGUGAGAACGGGAGACCUGACCGACUCACCUCAACGCUGCAACGAUUCAUGUGACUGGAUCACAUGAGCGGAAGUCCGUUCCCCGAAUCCAUUUUAGACAUCAGUUGAAUGGUGUUUCUAUAUUUUUAGUUCUCUGCCAGGAUUUUCUGGCAGAGGUCUUUUUUUCUUUUUCUUGCAUCCCCUAGCAUCUCUUAACUCGUUACUCCCCUCUCCCAACCCCAGACUUUAAUAGGACUGAUACACUCAACCAAGGUUCCAAGCCAUCACUCUCUGUCAACUAGGCAGACAACCAACCAACUGCUGAUAUCUUCUUGUCUUUGCACUGUCGACAAACACAUGCAAAAAGAAACUUGACUGGCUGCCUGAACAGCUAAAAAAUGUUUUGACUGCAUCGUUUUUUUUGUCAUGUGCAGAAUAUGGCAGGGGAUUGGGCUCGGGUGGCCGAGAGAGGGGGGGGGGGGGGGGGG